UAGUUUUUCUGCCUGUUUGAAUCUCAUCUAUUUGUUACAUUCUUCUGACAUUUUAGCCAGCACAACCAAGUUAAUGCUACUUAUUGUACUGUAUGUUUCUCCAGGAAAAAAACAACCGUUCAUCAGAAUUCAACACUGAAAACCUGGUGACGUCAGUAAUUAAUUUGUUUGUAGCUGGAACAGAAACAACCAGCACGACCAUCAGAUACGGGCUCUUGAUACUCCAGAAAUACCCGGAGGUAGAAGAGAAAGUGCAUGAAGAGAUUGACCGUGUGGUUGGCCGAGCCAGGGCGCCGUGCAUAGCUGACCGCGGGCAGAUGCCUUACACGGAUGCCCUCAUCCACGAAAUCCAGAGGUUCAUCUCUCUCGCCGCACUGAGUCUCCCCCACUCAGUGGCCAAAGACACCCCCUUCCGACAAUACGUCAUCCCAAAGGGCACCACCAUAUUCCCUGUCCUGAUCUCUGUGCUGUAUGACAACAAAGAAUUUCCAAACCCCACAGAAUUUGACCCACAGCAUUUCUUGAACAAAGAUGGGACCUUCAGGAAGAGUGACUACUUCAUGCCCUUCUCGGCAGGUAAACGGAUCUGCGCAGGGGAGGGCCUCGCCCGCAUGGAGCUGUUCCUCUUCUUGACCACCAUCCUGCAGCACUUCAAACUGAAGCCCCUCCAGGAUCCCAAGGACAUCGACAUCAGUCCCCUCAUGAGCAGCACCGGCAACUUCCCUCGGCCUUAUCAGCUGUCCAUUCUCCCUCGCUGAAGAGAAGGAGGACUCCGACCCACCGGAAACCAUCUGGCAGUGGGCGUUUUAUUUCAGCCUGCCGACAUUUUCCAGCCAGGCAACAAAACUGUAGAUUUAUGAACACUGGAGAGCCUUUUACUUAGACAAAGACAAUCUGCUUUCAUAGAAAGGGGAACUGGACCUCAGAACAUGUAGCAAUUGUUUCACCUUGAAAUCUGACAUUUGAUUUUGUUCCCUCUUUCUUGCUCACUACAAACUUCAUUCCUCCUUAAGACGUCUCCAAAUCACUGCUUUCCAAAACAGCAGGACACUUUGGGAAACGUGGGAAGCCUGAAAAUAAAAUCAACCCAUGAAAAAGACAUCUAGAACGUGAUUGGAGGGAGGGAUUCUAAAUGAAAUCUAACUGGGCACCUGUCCACAUAAACAAAAGCCAAGUAAAAAUUUGCUAGUCAUUAAUGUGUCACAAGAUUCCUUGUUCUCUUAAGUUAUGUUAUUGUUGUUUAGUCGUUAAGUCAUGUCCGACUCUUCGUGACCCCAUGGACCAGAGCACGCCAGGCCG